AUGGCGGCUUCUAUUGCACCCGAAUGCAACGAGAUCAAAGAGAAAUAUGACACUUGCUUCCUCAAGUGGUAUAGUGAGAAGUACCUGCGUGGCAACACCACAUCGAACGACUGCGAGGCGUUGUUCGAAAAGUACAGAUCUUGCUUGAGCAAGGUUCUUAAGGAGCGAGGCAUUGACGCCCUGUUGGAAGAUGCCCGCAAAACCAACGGCAGUGAGACUGAUGCAGAGUUUCUCAAAAAAUCAUGA